AUGCAUCGAUUCUUGCCCAAGCGGGGCGCCCAAGUCAAGGACGUCCCCAUUCCAAGCAUCACUGACAAUGAGGUCUUAGUGAAGGUGCGCGCCGUCGCGCUGAACCCGAUCGACUUCAAAGACAUCGAUUUCAUCUCCCCGCGCAACUUCGCCAUUGGCUGCGAUUAUGCGGUAACUCGGGUCGGCAAGAAUUCGGGAUAG